AUGACAAGACAUCAUUUUGAUGACUCCAAAAAUCCUAUACUCACAAAACUUCCUCAUGAUUGUAUACCAACUUUAGAAAUUGAUUGUGACAUCAAUUUUACUUCUCUUGAUGAUACUAAGUUCCCAUUAUUAGGCACACAUCUUCCAUACACUUGUUUGCCACAAUCUAUAAUAGAUUCAAAGUGUAAGAUCAUUUACAUAUGUAGAGAACCAAAAGACACAUUUGUUUCAACAUGGCAUUACGUUAAAAAGCUUGAAGAAACCAUCUCUCAAUUCAAAGAUAACCCUAUCACACUCGAACAAGAAAUUGAGUGGUUUCUUGAAGGGAAAUCCGCGUAUGGACCUUAUUGGGAUCACGUGUCUGAAUAUCGAAAAGCAAGUAAGGAUCAUCAUGGAAUGAAUGAAAUUUUCUUUUUAAAAUACGAGGACUUGAGGAAUGAUACAUUGAGUUAUGUGAAGAAAUUGGCAGAGUUUAUGGGGAAACCAUUUUCAAAAGAGGAAGAGGAUCAAUUUGUACCUGAAAAAAUAGUGGCAACUUGUGAAUUUGGAAAUUUGAGCAAUUUAGAGGUGAAUAAGAGUGGAUCGCAUAAUCCAAAAUCUGGGAUAAAAGUUAAUAAUAAUGCGUUUUUUCGUAAAGGGGAGAUUGGAGAUUGGAAAAAUCUUUUGAGUGAAGAUAUGGCAAAAUCAAUUGACAACAUAACUAAGGAAAAAUUUCAAUCUUUAAUUUGGGAUUGA